GUCAACGAAUCUUCUGCUGCUUGUCUAGUCGAACUGUUGGCUCACUUUCGCACAAAUCUAACAAGUUGCUCUGAUUCCGUCAAUCACCUCAAUUCCGGACUUCUGAAUGACGAGGAAGACGAAGAGGAAAGCGUCAUUAAUUACUUGUCUAUGUGCCUCGACAUCUGUGCCAUACCCACUUCCAAAUCUGGUAGCAGUGAGGAGGGCGGCGAAGAUGGCCCUAUCUUUGUCAACAUGAAGAGAAGCAGCUCAGAAACAGCUAACCGCUCAAAGGAGGUUAAAAUACUGGCCUCUAGAAUGCUAGCCGAACUGGAGAGGUAUAUGUUUUACUCUUUAUCCAAUUUUGUUCGCCGAUAUUUAUAG